AUUAAUUGUUUGUGCAGGGCUCCUGCAUUGGGGUCAACUUUUCUCGAUUCGAAUGAUUUAUUCCUCCACUCUACAUAUGAAAAAGCUUGAAAUAUUCGCGGUCGAGGCGUCGAUAACAAUUGAAAUUGAAACAAUCGCCGUAUACAAUCAGAAACGGGUCGGUGAUACUCGUGCAAUCGAUAAUAAUGUUUGCUAGUACUACAGAUACGCGAACCGAAACGUUGAUAGUGUUCAAAACGAAAAUUUAAUACGAGUUCGAGUGGUAAGCAUUACUUCGAGGUAUUCGCCUUCUCGUUUGUUAGAGCAUAACGAUAAACAACAAGGUUUAAGUUUUACGAUUAUUUCGGCGUAUUGCUUAACAAGAGCUGUUUUCGUCACGGGAAGAGGAUCACUAUUAAAAACAUAAGAGGAUAAUCUCGGGAUGGCAUCAUCUAUGGUGGCUGUUCCUUCAGGAACAGCAUCUGUCCCAGCUGGAACUGGUAUUGCGCAAAGCGAAGAAGUCGAAAAUGGAGAUGUUUUUAGCGAACGAAAUAUUAAUACAGUCACCAGCUGCAACGAAACCUCUAAUCCCGGAGAUGCUCUGGAAGAGAUAAAUUGCAGCAACAGCGAGACUGGAGUCCAAAAAUGCACUAUUUGCAUUGGCAAACUGUGCUCCCCGCGAGUGCUCUCCUGUCUUCACGUAUUUUGUGAAGCUUGUUUAGAUAAGCUUCUUAUAGAUGAAGCGGGUGAUCCCAAGGUCAGUUCGAUUCUGAUCUGUCCUCUAUGUGACCAAGAAACUUCCAUUAGUUCUAAGGGUGCCGCGUCGCUCACGUGCGACUAUGUUCUAACUAAUAUACUUGACAUGUCCGCGAUCGAGAACAUGGCUGUACUCUGUACCUCGUGUAAAGCCAAAGAGAGCGCAGUUGCGCGUUGUUCGGACUGUGCCAAUUUCUUGUGUCCAAGUUGUAAUUGCGCGCACCAGUUCAUGCGUUGUUUUGAAAGUCACAAGGUGGUGGCCUUUGAAGAUAUAAAGAAAUCCAACGAAGCUAUACCAAUACACAAACCUAUUUUUUGUGAGUUUCAUCCUGCUGAGAAUAUGAAGUUUUACUGUUACACAUGCCAGGAACCUAUAUGCAAUGAGUGUCUACUUGUUGAACACAAAGCUCCAGAUCAUCAAUAUGAACGAUUAGUAGAUGCAGAACCACGUCAGAAAGAAGAAUUAAUAAAAUUAGUGAAUGAAAGUAAAGCAAGAAUUGCAGAUUGCGAUCAGGUGUCUGCUCAGUUAGAAAAUGCGCUUAGUGAGCUUCAAGCACAACAUGAUCAAGCUAAGGACCUGAUCAUAGAGACAUUUCAAAGUUACAAAGCUGUCUUAGAAAAAUGUAGAGACAAUGCCUUGGUUGAACUUGAAAAGUUACAUUCUGACAGAGAAUUGGAAAUAAUGGAUACAUUUCAUAGUGUUGAGAAAACUGUGGAGAAAAUAGAGGAUGCUUGCCGUUUUACCUCUAGACUCUUGGAGCAUGGCGAUGCAGUGGAGAUUCUCGCACUUCGUCGCAUCGUAGGAGCGCAAUUAAUGAAUUUAAUUAAAAACACACCAAAGCCAAAUGUUUCUUUUUCAAUUGAAUUUCAGACUGAUUAUAAUCAGUUCGAAAAAACAUUAAAGGAAGUAUUUGGUAAAUUUCACACCGAGAGUACACCGAUGACAAAGUCCGCUCCUGAAACAGUUUCAACCAUGUCAGGAGUCUCCACAAACCAGCAAAUUGUUCAUACUUCAAUGGGCUGUCCACGUUCCAUUAGCACAAGGUCUCCCAUUUCUCUUCCUGCGUCGAUGCAAUCUUCGUUCGAAGGUGAACCUUCGUACGUUAUACCUCCAACAUCCAGUCCCCCGACUAUUCCACCACCGCCACCUCCUGUAUCCCUUCCCCCAGGUCCUAUCCAUGGUCUCACCAGCAUUCAAGAAUACAAUCUGCAACAACUAGCCAGUUUAGCAGAAAAGGCUGAAAUGGUUGGAGACACAAACGUAGUUGGACCUAGUUCGAAUCCUAGCCCGACUCCGCCAUUCACAUUGGCAGACUUAUUUGCCGGCGAUCUGAGUUCUACAAGUCAUGCGAUCAAUAAUUUGCAAGCUCUUGCAAAGUUAGGAAAUACACUUGGCAAUCAAGAUCUUGGAAGCACAACAAUUAACGGAGGUAGCGGCUUGGUAUUAGGCAGAGGCCCUUCACCAGCGAUUGUAGAUACGCCAAAUUUAGGUCUAGCUGCUAACAGUCUUUUGAACGGAGGGUUUCAGUCGUUAUCCUCCUCCACUUCGCCGAUACUUUCACAGGGUGCUGAUGAUUUAAUUGGAGAUUCCAUACAUAACAUGCCUGUAGUAGUGGGAAAUACUGUCGGCAACGUGACCGGUUCUGGAAACUAUGCUCAUCCACGUUCAACCAAUGCUAAAUUACCGCCCAUGCGUAUCCGUUGUAAAUUUGGGCAGUUAGGUCCCAGUAAAGGUCAAUUCAGCUCACCCCAUGGAUUUUGCUUAAGCGCCGACGAGGACAUUAUUGUUGCAGACACGAAUAAUCACAGAAUUCAAAUAUUUGAUAAGACUGGUAUUUUCAAAUUCCAAUUUGGUGUCCCUGGCAAGGAGGAGGGACAGUUGUGGUACCCUAGGAAAGUUGCUGUUAUGAGAAACAGUGGUAAAUUUGUUGUUUGCGAUCGUGGAAACGAACGAUCCAGAAUGCAAAUAUUUACAAAAAACGGGCACUUCAUCAAGAAAAUAGCAAUUCGUUACAUCGAUAUUGUAGCUGGCCUAGCUGUCACUAGCGAGGGUCACAUUUUGGCUGUUGAUAGUGUAUCGCCAACAGUGUUUGUGAUCAGCGAUACAGGAGACCUUUUAAGGUGGUUUGACUGCAGUGAAUAUAUGAGAGAACCAAGUGAUAUUGCAAUUAGUGGUAAAGAAUAUUUUGUUUGUGACUUCAAGGGACAUUGUGUUGUGGUAUUCAACGAGGAAGGCAAGUUUUUGCGUCGCAUUGGCUGUGACAAUGUAACAAACUUCCCAAACGGGAUUGAUAUUAGCGAUGCAGGGGAUAUAUUAAUAGGAGAUUCACAUGGUAAUCGUUUCCAUGUGGCAGUUUUUUCUAGAGACGGUUCCUUGAUUUCAGAGUUCGAAUGCCCAUAUGUCAAGGUCUCUCGAUGUUGCGGCUUGAAAAUAACUUCCGAGGGAUAUAUCGUAACUUUGGCUAAAAAUAAUCAUCACGUCCUCGUACUGAACACUCUUUACAUAUCAUGAAGCGAGGAGGCAGACCAAAUAAGUAUGUCACAAUAAUCUUCAGCGAGUGGAAUUUCCUUGUGAAUUGCCCUACUCCUAACGAAGGACGAAUCGACAAAUAUGCCCAGUGGUAUCGAAUUUAUUUGAAAUUUGCCUACCGAAGAAAUAGAAAACAAGUGCAGCAUGCAGCUUUAAUAGUAAAAAAAAGUGUAAAAAGGAACAAAAACCUUUUAAAAAAAAAAAAAAGUAUAAUGCGUCCCUGUUUUAUGAAAGUAAUAACGUUGAAACGAUGAAAUGGUAAACGUACAUCUCCGACCAAAAAACUAAAAAAAAAAAAAAACAAAAAAAAAUCACAAAAAAAAACAGUAUAAAUAGUAAUUUAGCAAGUUGCAUUUGGUAAACUGCCAAGAUAAAUUUAAAACGAUUUAAAAAAAACAACUACAACAAAAUGAAGAAGGGAAAGGAGCAGCGAAUUAAGUGGAUCGUCUCAACUGAAAAAGCAAUCGGAUCGCUUCGACGAGUGGGGGCAGAAAGUGAAGAGAGGGAAAGAUACUUCUGAAAACACAAUAGCUUUCCGUCAAAAGCGGUCGCAUCGUCAUCUUCGACUCGUCAGUAUUUUAGGUAUGUUUACAAAUCAAAUUAUUCUAGUCUUCAAUGAGCACUGUUUACACGCUGGUUUCGAUCCGUGCUCUCGAAGCAACAACUCGUGUAUUUUUAUCUCGGUUCUCGCGUGGAAUCGAAUUACGUACACGUAUACGCAUACACGAAGAAAGAAAGAUAACGAUAUACACGGUUCUUUCUUCUAAACGUUACUUCGAGACCUAUUUUGUAGACUCGCUAAGUUUCUAAGGUUUCGUUAAGAGAAUCGUUAGAUAAUUCGAUAGGCAUGUCAAGAAACGAGUGUGUAUGAAUAAGGAAAGGGGGAAAAAAAAAAUAAAGAAGCAAAUUCCUGUGCUUAAUGCAAGGCGAAAAGCGUUGCAUGCUACGUCACACGGUAGUACUUCCUGCUCGUAUAUCAUAUCAUAUCUCUAAUGAAACAAAAACGAAAAAGGAAAGACAGAUACAGUAAAUCCUCGUUAUGGCAGGCAUAAAAAAAAACUUAGUGAACUAAACGGAAGA